CAGAGGGAGUUCCAGAGCCAAGGCUCUGCUAUAAAUCCAUUCUGACCUGGUGGUAAGCCUGUCUUCACACACAGCAGCUCUGUUUGGAAAGUCGAGCACAUGAUGGCAGCUCCUAAGAAAGUCUGCGUGAUCGGCUCUGGUAACUGGGGAUCUGCCAUAGCUAAGAUUGUUGGCGCCAACGCAGCCAGAUAUGACAAGUUUGACACCACGGUGAACAUGUGGGUGUUUGAGGAGACGGUGAAUGGCCGUAAGCUCUCAGAAAUCAUCAACACAGAUCAUGAAAACGUGAAGUACCUACCCGGUCACAAGCUGCCUGCCAACGUGGUGGCGGUUCCAGACUUAGCCGAGUCUGUGAAAGGAGCCGACAUCCUGAUCUUUGUAGUUCCUCACCAGUUCAUUGGGAGAGUGUGUGAAACCAUCAAGGAUCACAUGAAGAAGGAUGCUGUGGGAAUGUCUCUCAUCAAGGGUGUCGACGCAGGUCCUGAGGGUCUGAAGCUCAUCUCAGAGGUCAUCCGAAGCAAACUAAGCAUCACUAUGACCGUCCUCAUGGGUGCAAACAUUGCCAAUGAGGUUGCUGAUGAAAAGUUUUGCGAAACAACUAUUGGGUGCAGGGACAAGUCAUAUGGGUCGCUGCUGAAGGAGCUGAUGGAGACCACCAACUUCCGUGUGACCGUGGUGGAGGAGUCAGAUGUUGUGGAGAUUUGUGGGGCAUUAAAGAACAUUGUGGCAGUGGGAGCUGGUUUCUGCGAUGGCCUUGGAUUUGGCGACAACACCAAAGCGGCGGUGAUUCGUCUUGGCCUAAUGGAGAUGAUCGCCUUCGCCAAGGUCUUCUGCACAAACUGUCCCGUGUCCCCCACCACCUUUCUUGAGAGCUGCGGCGUCGCCGACCUCAUCACAACCUGCUACGGGGGUCGCAAUCGCAAGAUUGGAGAAGCGUUUGCUAAAACAGGCAAAAGCAUUGAGCAGUUAGAGAUGGAGCUGCUGAACGGACAGAAGCUUCAGGGUCCGGCCACAGCAAGCGAAGUGCACCAGAUCUUAAAACAGAAAAACAUGUUGGACAAGUUUCCUCUUUUCACUGCUGUUCAUGAGAUUUGCUUCAACAGCCACCCAGUCACAGAUUUCAUCAAGUGUUUGCAAAACCACCCAGAGCACAUGUGAAAGACUGACACGAGGACUUGCGAAUGGAUGGAAGUUAGGAAAGACUUUUACACCAGAGCUGCUAGAUGUUAAAGGACACCCAAUCUGGAUGACUUUGGCCCUGAUCCUGACUCAUCUCUUUUUUUUUGGAUCAUAGUUUGGAUCCUUAUCAGAAAAAGGAACGAGCAGCAGCUAUCCUUCACCUAUCCAAGUUUCUGAGUGUGUUUCUGUUUGUACUGAUUUAUAAAUUAUCGCAAGGUCCUGGGUUCGCUUCCCAGCCUGGGAUAUUUCUGCAUGGAGUUUGCAUGUUCUCCCUGUGCAUGCGGGGGUUCUCUCCGGGUACUCCGGCCUCCUCCCACAGUCCAAAAACAUGACUGUUAGGUUAAUUGGUCUGUCUAAAUUGUCCUUAGGUGUGAGUGUGUGUGUGUGUGCAUGGUUGUUUGUCCUGUGUGUCUCUGUGUUGCCCUGCGAUGGACUGGCUCUCUGUCCAGGGUGUACCCCGCCUGAUUGCCCAUUGACCACUGGAGAUAGCGCACCCCCCCCCCCCCCAACCGCGACCCUACAUGGACAAAGCGGGUUCUGACAGUGGAUGGAUAAAUUAUUGCUUAAAUCUUCCAAGUCUUGAACAUGUGAAGAAUUUGAUUGAGUGUGCCUUAAACAGACCGAUACACUUACAGUGACCUCAGUCUUAUGAAAUCUCACAAGACUCCUUAAAGAAAAGUGCCUUUUCAUUCAUUUGUAUGCUUUCCGAAGGAAAGCAAAGCCCUGGGAAAGAAAUAAAAAAAAAUACUCCUUCAAAAUGUUUUUAAUUUGAACGUCAAAAACUGAAUCUGUAUGUUUCAAUAAACCAUCAAACCCUGUAUUAAUUUGUGUCCGAUAAAGAUGUGGUGUACUUGUGAUCUCUAGUGGGAAUGAAUGCCUUGGGAAUAAAAGCUCUGGUGCACUAAAUCAGAACUGAGCUUCA